CGCAACAUGAACGCUAAUUAAAUUUUCCACAUUCAACUUUAAAAAUAACGUGAAUUCCUUUUGUUCUGGACAAGUCGCUCUUUUCAUCCUAAAGCAAAUUUCUCCUAAAAUGCACCUUUAGGGAAGAAAACAUUUAGGAGCCCACUGUUACAAACGCUAACAAGUCUUUACAACAUUUCUCACUAUAGAGUGACAUAUUUAAGGGGUCUUACUUGAGCCAGCCUAUAGGUCGCCUAACUAGAAGGGGAUUUUUGGACGAGAGUACGGAUGCUUUGGAUAAGUUAAUGAUAUUAGUAGGAAGCUUCCUGUUUUAUUGUUACUCUUUAAAGAGCAGAAAAAGCACAUAAGAUAUAAAGGCUAAAAAUCUUUAAGAUUCGGGUAGAGGUAGUCAAUUGAUCAUGGAGGAGCUGGCCCGGGAGAGUAUACGCAGCAUCAGUCUCCUAUCCAAACCUGCGCGGGGUUCGGACAUCCCACGUCUCGGCUCGUUUGGCGCUGUUUUCAUUAUGCUUAAAUCUGCCCUCGGCGCGGGACUACUGAACUUUCCAUGGGCGUUUGAGAAGGCAGGUGGUGUGAAUACAGCCAUCGGUGUAGAGUUGGUGUCUCUGGUAUUUCUGAUCAGUGGCUUGGUCAUUCUUGGCUAUGCCUCAUCGAUCAGUCGGCAAAACACGUAUCACGAUGUGGUGCGCGAGGUGUGUGGAAAGAGGAUUGGACAUCUGUGUGAGAUCUGCUAUGUUUUCAACCUCUUCAUGAUCUCUGUCGCCUUUUUGGUGGUUGUUCAGGAUCAACUGGAUAAGUUGUGCCUGUCUCUGUAUGAGGCGGUGACUGGCACUACAGAAGGAGAGAUGCCUUAUCAUUGGUACACAGAUCAUCGUUUCGCACUCUUCAUCUUGUGCCUCAUUAUCAUCCUCCCACUCUCAAUACCCAAAGAGAUUGGCAUUCAGAAAUACACCAGUGUUCUGGGGACUCUGGCUGCAACAUACCUGAGCGUGGCUGUGGUUGUAAAGUAUUACCUAAAAGAUGAGCACAGUGCUGACCUUACACCAGAACACAGCGAAGGCUUGGUGUCAUGGGCUUCCAUGUUCAGUGUGGUUCCAACUAUUUGUUUUGGUUUUCAGUGUCAUGAAGCAUCUAUUGCUAUAUACAGCAGCAUGGAGAACAAAAAAAUCACACACUGGGUCUUCAUCUCAGUAACUUCGAUGAUUUUCUGCCUUUUAAUUUAUACUCUUACAGGUGUGUUUGGAUUUCUGACAUUUGGACGGGAAGUAGCCUCAGAUAUCCUGAUGUCAUAUCCUGGAGAUGAUGUAGUGAUGAUUAUUGCUAGGCUGCUGUUUGGAAUUUCGAUCGUUACCAUUUAUCCUAUAAUACUGCUGUUGGGCAGGUCUGUAAUUCUUUCACUUGUAUUGCGCCUCUGGGGAAGACGGGCCUUAAUCACUUCUGUGUUUGAGUGUCGGUGCCGUGUCAUUUUGACAUUUCUUUGGAUCGCUAUCACACUCCUUAUUGCCGUCUAUGUACCAGACAUGAGUGAGAUCAUCAGUGUCAUCGGAGGGAUUAGUGCCUUCUUUAUCUUUAUUUUUCCUGGCAUGUGCCUUAUCUUUGCCAUGCAGACCGAACCUAUAAAUUACAGGAUAAGAACCCUCUUGACAGGUUGGGGUGUGGUCAGUGUCGUCAUCGGAGCUUUUAUCUUUGGUCAGAGCACCACUAUUGCUGUUAUGGAGCUGUUGCACAAGUUUUGAUUAAAGCAAAGUGUGUUAAUAAGUUAAUAAUAAAUAAAUUGAUAGAUAAUAUUUAUUUUGAUAACAUAAAAUUGAGGAUGAGUGAGUAGUAAGGUUUCAGUUUAAGAUCUAGGCAACGCACAUAGAUGAUAUUUUAUUUGGUGGAUGUUGUGCCUUUCAUGUAUGUAUUAUGUAUUUAAUAUUAAAUAACUUUAAAUGUCUUAAGAGAAAUGAGUGAAUGACUCCUACAUUUGGAAGUAGGCCUACUGUACUUUGAUCAACCUGCUAUUUGAGAAAUGGUAUAAAUAUGAGGAAUUACUUUGUUGACAUUUUCUCUAACUUAAAAGUAAACAUUUUGGCCAUUGUUCAAUAUUAUGUAUUUAAAUUUCAAGGUUUUUUUGCAGAAA